AUGCUAGAAAAGAGCGCGGAAGGCCCACCACCAUCUCCGGAAGGACAAGUAGAGGAUUCUCACGAACAUAGUACGACGGGCUACGGUGGGCCAGAUUCCGGACAGUCUGUGCGGAUGGGCAGUCCAGAUGGCCAGACCGGGGAACAGGAAAGCAAUGAGGUCUCCGCGAGAGCAGAGUCAACGUCGGACCCACGUGUUGCAGGAAAUGAGGGCGAUGCGCCGCCUCUGCCUACAGGAUAUCCUAGAGUCGACCUAGAGGAAGACAGGAGAGAGGUUCUAGGUGACCAGACCGUCGAUGAUGUACCGCCCUCCCGUUCAUCAUCGCCCGCCAGCGAUGGGGAAGAGGAGGCGCAGGAGGACAGCAAUGACACUACAUGGUCUACGCUUGAAGAACCGAAUGAGUCAGAAGUCGUCAACCAAAGCCUCGUCAACGCCCCAGAGAGGGCUGAGCAGGUGGACGCGAACAGCACCGACCCAGAUACGCUCCAAGCGACCGAAGACCCAUCCAGUGAAACCUUGGCUCAGGUGCUGAUCAGCUACGACAUUGAGGAGGCGGAUGCACUAAGAUACAUAGGAUUUACCGUGCCGGACAGCGAAGUGGAAACCUUGGCAGCCCGUCUACUCUCGUUGGAGACGCGGCAAGAGGAGCUAGAUAUAGUCGCAGAUCGUAUACAGAGGAGGAUGCAGAGGGAUUUUGAGGAAGAUUUGGCGAGGAAGGCGCGAACACGGUGCGACUCCUUUGAGAUGGAAUUGGAAUCGGAAGACGAAGGCGAUCCUGGGGAAGAUGGGUUGGAAAACUUGGGGGAUGAGGAGGAGGAUGAUGAGGGGCUUCCGGAUCGUGGUGAUGGUCAAGGUGUAGAGGUAGGCGAGGAAGAGAAAGAAGACGAGGCACCAUUGGACGAUGUCGAAGAAGGUAAGACGAUAUCACAUGCCGUCGGCCGUGCGAACAUGACGCACGGACGUUGUUUAGAGAUGUUGACGAUGAAGGACAGCCCCACAUCAACGAACCCUUCUCGCCAUAUCAAAUUUCUCGCCUUGGUUCUGCAUGUUAUCUGUAAGCUUUCCCCCUCCAUCUCGCCCUCUCUAAUUCAACUUCCUCUCUGCCGUCCUUAUCCGCUCAUCACUCAAUCAACCCCUGCGAGGAUGGUAGAACUCCAGUCACCACCACCAAAGCACGAGGACGCAGCCGACACAUGUGAUACGCGCGAGCAGCCGCCAGAUCACUCCGGAGGAACCGCAGCUCACCAUCAACCCAAGAUGGGCGCCUUCAUGUCCAUACUCAACCGCACGGCAGAGAAGACAGCCGAGCAGCCCGGUGAUGGUGCAUACACUGUGUUUUCUUCGCAGGGCCCAGUCAAGCGCCAGACCUGGCGUGAGACUCUUUGGUGGCAGCCAGCUACGGCCGAACCUAAAGAUGUGGAAACUGCACUCCCAACGCAGCAAGAUGCUGAGGAGCCCAUCCCGUCUGAGAGUCGCUCCGAACAAGGAGCCAUUGCCGUUUACGAAAACAAGGGUAAUGAUACUGAGGCCACACCGCCCAAAUCACAGACCAGCGAAGAUGAAACCUUGGUCCAGGACAACAAAGAGAACGUAGUGCCUCCACGUACAGUGAAUGAUACUGAAGCGGAAGCCACAUCGACCGAGAACUCCGCCGAGCACGAAGGUGUCGAUCAAGCCAAGGAGGAUCCAUUCCGGUACCCGCUUCCCCAGCCGGACGGGUCUACGUCCGCCCCGACUCAUCCCAAUCAGCACCAUCCGUUCGAUGAAGCUGGCGACUUGACAGACCUACCGGAGGACAACUCCGCCCAGAACCAAGACACCGAGUCAUACGACUAUAUCUAUGUCGCUGUUGGUCCCGCAGGUGGACGUAUGGCAUCCUGGGAUAAACGUGGAAGCGAUACCCGUUACGUGAGGGUCCCAAAGGAUCCGCUCUUCGAUGCCCAAAUUGCAGCAAUGAUUCAAGACACAGGAGUUUCAUGGUUCGAGGCAGUUGAGGCACUGUUCACUUUUGAAGGGAAGGUGAUGGUGAUAAAGCCCUUCCACGAACACGAAGAUUCUGGAGGGUAUGACUUUCCGCAGCCAGAUGGACCCAAGUCGGACCCCCUUCCUCGCGCCGUCCCGAUCGAUGCCGAGGGCAAGCCCAUCCCGCCCGGAACGAGUCUCAACCUGCCGGCUCGAGUGGCAACGAAACUGGAGCAUCUAGAUCCUGUGCUCCAAGUGCAGGUCGUAGAACUCAUGGAACAAUGCGAUAUAUCUCUACAAGAAGCGCUGGAACUCGUGCUUGGCGGUGAUACAGAGAGCAAGGAAAAGGCAGCCGCAGACCGCAAGCAGCAAGAGAUUCGCGAGGCACAUGACAUAGAUGCACUCGCAAAGGAGUAUGACAGAGAAGACGAUGAGUGGUUGUACGACGAAUCCUACAACGGAUACGACACUGCUGUUGAAGGUCCCGAGCAGAGCAUCGACGGUGAUACCGAGGGAGGUGGAAGCGAUGAUGAGAAGGAGGACGAUGCCAAAGCAGAUUCCCUCUACUCAAUGUCGGAUCAUGAGGAUGGUGGAGUUCUCUUGUAGGGGUACUCGACUGUAGGAAUCGGUGAUCAGUCGUGUACUUGCUAGACGAGACUUGGCUUGGGUUAGUAUCUGUAUUCUGCGGUUUUGAAGCGAUCACGACGCAAAGUAUUCGCAAAACCUGGAUUAGAUGGGGACCUGUAUCACCACUUCAUGGUUUUGCUAAGGAUUGUUACUUCAUAGCAUGACAUCUUGUAAUUCAUAAACUAAACAGUCUCC